CCUGGACUUAGACUCACACGUGCUAUGUUUCAACUGCCACUGACGUCAGCGCGGCAGCGCCCGAUGUCUCACCAAAGGGCGCGGCUCUCCAUAAUAUGAUUGUGCACUGCCAAAGAACGUCAUGACAUACGAGCGCCCCGCAGUCCUUGCUAUAAAUUCGCGACCCGCUGGUGUUCUGCAUCCAUUUCCCCCUCUGAUCCGUCUUACAUUCAACCCGAUCAAAUUCCUUCAUUUCGCAUAACACUCCAUACGCCUCCCCGAGCCAUGUCGAGCUCCAUCAAUGAUAUCAAGAGCAAGCUGAAGCCUAACAGCGAUGCCUCUAGCACGUCUGGUGGCUCCAACGAAGCUGCCGAAGAACAGCAGUUCUCCAUCCAGCCCCACCCUGCUAAAACUAACAACCCAGCGGAUCUCGCGCCUCAGCCGGGUGCGGGCAUAACUUCCAAGCCCGAAUUCGAGGCAUUCCAUACACCGGGGCCGUACGUGCCCAGCGCGGCGACCGCGAACUCAAUCGAACCUCCCAAGAGCCGUGAGGAAUUGAGGGCCCGUGCUGCAGAACUAAACAAGUAGUCGUACACUGCUCCCGGAGAAUGUAUACCAGCGGUAUUGUAGGAGUAUGAUUCUGGACGGUGUAUCGGGUUGUAUCUGAUAUUAUAUGCAAAUGUUUUGUCAU